AUGCUCAUAAUUUCAGCUCCGAUAUCUGGAUCCUUUGGUGGCUUUCGGGAACAUCUUCCUGCUUUGCAGUUGGCCUACGCUAACCCAGUGGUACGCCAGCUUUUAAUAGAGAUGCACGUAAUCUUUGAAAAGUGCCGGCAGAUGACCCAACAUGAAAGGUUGGACACCAUAGGGACGCUUUCGAUCUCACGUGAAUACCGAUCAGCACUUCUACAUUGUGCUGCAGAAGUAAACGAUGACGAGAACGUUUACAUGCGCGAUUUCACGAUCUGGACAUUGUUCGAGACGAUGUUUUUCAAACAAGGAGGUGGGCCUUUACCUGUGCUCUUUAAUUGUUAUGGUAUUUUGAAGCGUGCAGUGAUCUGGACCUUAAGAAGUCGAUUUGUUAAAAAACUGAUCGUGCCGUUUCCAGACACUCCUAUAUGUCUCGACCUCAUUUUAUGGAGUGAAGAAUCAUUCACGUUCAUUGAUAGGCUUGUUCAGAAAGCCUCCAACGAGCUCGACGAGGGUCUGUCAGUUGGCGAGGGAAGCUACUGGAGAGCGGUAUGCCUUGUUUUGAUCGGUUGUCGGUUCGACAUCUGUAUUAACUUUCUCCGAAUGCUAAAAGGAGACAAGGCCGCGGAAAGACUUAUUAAUAUGCUGAGCAGUUUGGAUUGGAACUGGCUAAGAGAUGAGGGAAAGGUGAGCUGA